AGAGAUAGGAGCAACGAGGAGACACCUUACUCUUCAGCACCUCAGCCGUUUGUCAUCUCUGUUCCUGCAAUGGAUUCAUGACUUCAGGAAUUACUUUGAGGGCCCACCACAGCAGCAGAGCAGAGAAGGGAGGCAGGCGGAGGAGGGAGAACCAAGUAAACCUCUGCUUCAGGAGGAAAAGGCAGUUGUGUGCGUGAGCAGAGGCAACGAGACGGCAGCGAAAGGUGGGGGAAAGGAGGAGUGAAGUUUCCCAUUCUUCCAAGCAAAGUAAGAGGGGAAACGGGAAAAGUAGACGAAGAGAGAGAAGCAGGGGAAGGAGGGAGAAGAGCCGUCUGGACAUGGGGCUUUGUGCUGUUCUCCUCAUCUGUCUCUCACAGGCUGAGCUGGGGACAGUUUGGGCUCAGGAAAAUCAAGAUGCUCAGAGUGGGAUGGCGCUGCGGACAGACGCCCAGCUGUCCCAGUUUCACAGAGCCAGGAGAGACCAGCAGGCCCAGCACAAAGAAGUUCGCAACCCACAGGUUAAAAGUGGAGGAGUUGACGUCAGCCCCCUGCCUGACAACUUGACCCGAAUCGUGGAGGACUCUCAGAGGUACUACAGAUGGAGCAGUUUUGGUCCAACAGACAUAGAGACGGAGAGCUUGUGGGUGGAUCUGAACACUCGACACAAGAACCAAGUCAGAAUCCACGAAAUCCUGUCCAACACACAUCAAAAGGCAGCGAGGGUGGCACUUUCUUUUGAUUUCCCUUUCUAUGGACACAAGUUGAGACAGAUAAUUGUGGCAACAGGAGGGUUCAUCUUCAUGGGCGAGUUCACUCAUCGAAUGCUGACUGCAACACAGUACAUCGCUCCCCUCAUGGCCAACUUCAACCCCAGCUUCUCCAAGAACUCCACAGUGGGGUACAUGGACAACGGUAAUCUAUUUGUGGUGCAGUGGGACAAAGUGCGGCUCAAGGACCGAGAGGACGAAGGACCUUUCACUUUUCAAGCGGUCCUCCACGUUAAUGGGAACAUUGUCUUCAACUACAUGGAUAUCCCUGUAUCGGUGGAGAGAAUGAAUUCCACUGAGCAUCCGGUCAAAGUGGGACUGUCAGACGCGUUUAUGGCAACCCUUCAAUCAGAUGUAGUCCAGCACACCAUCUAUGAGUAUCAUCGCGUUGAGAUCAACACCACAAAGAUCGUCAGCGGAUCUGCGUUUGAGUUUGUGCCUCUGCCCACUUGUCUUCAGCACUCGACCUGUGAUGUUUGCCUGACCUCCAACCUGACGGCCGGCUGCGGCUGGUGCAACACGCUCCAACGGUGUUCAGACGGCAUCGACCGGCACAGACAAGAGUGGUUAGAUUACAACUGCCCCGAGGAGGCCAAAGGCUCAUGUGAGGACUACUCCCCAGAGCCACCCGAGGGAUCCACAGGCUCCUUCAACCACUCAUCCCCGGGUCCCACGCCUUCUUCAGCAGAAUUUGAGCAGCCUGUCACAAACGUGCUGGGUCCCCCGGGCAACACGGGGAUAACCGAGAAUGCAGCCAUCAUCGCAGGUGUAGUUGCUGCUUUAGUUCUGCUCGUAGCUUUGACCUUACUGGCUGUUUACUACAUCAACACACACCCCACAGUGGCUCCACCCUUCUACCUCAUGCAGCGUCGCACGAAUAACUACUGGCCCUCCGUGAAGUUCCGCAACCAGGACUGUCACGCCAAUUACGCUGAAGUCGAGCUCGGGGGCCAUGAAAAGGAAGGCUUCAUUGAAGCUGAGCAUUGCUGCUAAAGACCUUGCACUUACAGACUUUGGAGGAAGACAGCGCACCAUCUUGGGAACGUAAAAGUAGCGAGAUGAAUAUGGACAAUCAGGCAGACGAGUGACCACAAGAUGUCCUUACUCCCACCUUUGUGGCUGGACAGAGUUUACUGUAAACGCCCUUGUAGCUCUUGCCAGCUUUCUCUUUGUUGUCUGCCAUCAAACAGCCAUAUUAUCCGAGGGUUGGAGGGCCUGAGAGGAGGGGGCCUGUACAGAAAAGAUGAGAUGCAAAUGAGUAACUGUUCAAGACCUAUCAAUGCAAGGGGCUGUCAGGGAACGGAUUGAACAAGCCUUCAUACUGCAAACCAAUGUACAGCUCAACUUACCUACAUAUUUCUGUUAUCAUCCAUUUUAUGGAGUUAGUUUUGUCUCAUGAAACUUCUACACAAGCAUUGACUGGUUCAUAAAAUGUUAUACAUAUGUGGACUUCUCUGAAACAGAUAUCUAGUUAUAUAAUUGAUAGUGAAUAUAAUGAUCACCUUGGACGUCUCUGGAGGAAUUUUAGAGUAAUCAAACUUUGAAACAUUUCUUUGAACCUUUCUGUUAAAAAUAUCUUCUAAUAAAAGCUGGAGAUCAGUGUGAA